AUGAAGUUCUCUUUCGCGACCAUUGCCUUCAUCGCAGCUUCUCUCGCCGCCUCGCUCCCACCUUCCUUUACUCUCGUCGCGGAGGGCGGCAACACUCUGCUGACAGACGGUACUCGCGAAUCGACUUCCCAUCCUUAUCCUAUUGGCGACCAGAUCACCUACACCAGCGAAGACGCCCCUCCCUUUACCUGGCAGAAUCUAUACGUGGUGGAGGGCGACAUUGAGCCAAUCGGGCUGACAAACCCGUAUUCUGGUGCCAUGCCAGCCAAUGCGAGCAUCUCCGGAUUUGGGGUCAAUGAACAGGGAUACCUCACACAUGAAGGGAAUACGAAGUUUGGGACUCUUGCUACUACGGGAGAUGACAAGCCUAUUUGGUGGUUGGGGUAUAGCAGUGGACGGUUUGAGGGUGUGCCAUUAUGGGCGAAGGAGUUCAGGAUGUAA